GGAGAGGCAUCCAUUCAUGCUUUACACUCAACACCAUCUACUGCUGCUGCUCCGCAAGCUCCAUAUCAUGUCAGUGGCUUCAGGAGUUCCACUGUCCAUCAACUUAUCCAGAAGAACUCCUUGAAGCUUGGAGGACUAGCGAAACCAUUAAUUGCCACAUUUUAUCUUACUGAUGUGGCAUCCUAUACCCAUACAUCACUCAAACAUGGCGAAUCGGUAUGGGAAAGCGUAUAA